AUGGAGGGUGAAAACAUGGUAAUAUAUCCCCGCCUUUGCGAUCUUCAGAUGGAACUGACCCCCGUUCAGUCGCAAAUGCAAACAAGGGCGUCCACUCGGAUGCGCAUGCCACAGGCAGGUUUACGAGAGGCCAGCUCGGCGAUGACCAACUCUCGCUCAGGUAUCAUGGCGCCAGGCACAAUCGCAAACAAGGCCAUGAGCAUGUCGCGUAUGGAACCCUCACCACCAUUGGCGCAACAAGCACUGACACCCUCCGAAGCAACUCGCCCCAAAGCCGCCAACCCUGAGACUCGGAGAGCAGGAUCAAUCGCCCGACAACCUCCCCCAACCGCUAAGACGCACAGCCGGGGUAACUCAUAUGCCUCAUCGACCAUGUCCCGAUCUACCGCACCCGCGUCCCGCAACGGUCCCUUUUCGUCCACUGUCGGCCCCGGAACUCGCCCGACAUCGGCCAUGUCGAGGCCGCAAUCCUCCUUCAACGGCCGUCGACCUGUUGGCGCAUCUAUCCCGCGCGCAGCAAGCGCAUUGGACACUCACAUGGAAGACACAUCUCCGAGUGUGCUAGGAAAACGAAAGGGUAUGUCGCAAAUUUCUUUAAUCCCUACUCGCGCUCCCUCUUGCCCCGUUGGACCUGUCACCCCAGGAUUGGACCAAGGUUGGAACGAGGCUAGUGGAAUCGCAGCUCUUUUUAUCUCAGAAGGUUCUGUUUGUUCUCCGACUCCGUCUAUUGCCUCGACAAUUCCUUGGUCUCCCAGGACCCCUGUUCCCCGCGAAAUCCAUGGUACCCCAAAGCCACCCGUGCUUCGGAAUUGUGCAUCCGCAGCCUCGCUGUUUACCACCCCUAUGCGUUAUGACGGCACGCCAUCUAUCUCCCCAAGGCGCCCGUUCAAAAAACCCUCAAUCCCCGUGUUUUUGACCAAAGAGUCUACGACCAGAAGUUUUGACCAUGUUACAGGCCCCGAAUGGGAUCAGGAUAGUCGCGAAAAGAGCCUCGAUAUGUUGAUGACGACAUUCAUGGAAAAGAUGAAUCAACAAGGCCAGGCGAGCACCGGCUUGAAAGAGACUGUGGAUUUAUACAAAACAAGAAUAAGUGAUCUUGAAACAUCUCGCGACGAGUUGAAGGAAGUCACUAUCACCCAGCGCGUGGAGCUGGACUCAUUACGCAAUCAACUUUCUACGGCAGAGCAAACACUGAAAGAAGCGAAGCGAGAUCAUGAAAUCGCAGUGGACGACCUGGACCAGCGCCAUCGCAUUGAACUGGACUCUUCAAAACAACUCAGCGAGAAGGAGACGGCAAACAUAACCGCUCGAUACCAGGAUGAGGCCCGCGAAUUACGGCGAAAGUUUGAUCGUGAGAUCGAGGACGAGAAGGCUGCUCGAGUUCGAGCUCUCAGCCAGCUGACCUCCCAGUCUGCUUUGGAUACGCAAAAGUCACAGAUCGAGUUGGAGCGCAAGGAUCGUGAUCUGGUGACUUUGCGAGAGGAGUUGCGUAACCUCAAGGCGGAUUUAGAACGCGAACGAAAAACCGUCCAAGACCUGAAGCAAAACUUGGAGACACUCAGCGGGAACAGCGUCACGUUGGAGUCUUCUAUCCGGGCGCUCAAGGCACAUAUCGAGUUCCUUGAGGGUGGACGCGAGGAGCAGUCAAAAUCGUUUGAGCGGUGUAACCAACAGAUGAGAGAUGCCUUUGCCGAGACGGAGGCCAUCAAAGAAAAGCUGCGCAGAGAGGAGACCCUGCGUCGCAAGCUUCACAACCAAGUACAGGAGCUUAAAGGGAACAUUCGGGUGUUUUGUCGCGUGCGUCCCUCCCUGAAAAGUGAGCCUUCGUCCGACCUCACUCUCAUGCAAUAUCCCGACGAAACCGACGAUGCAAAGGAGAUCAACAUCAUCGGCCCCGAGGAGAAAGGCAGCCUUGGAGGCGUCACCCGGAAGAACAAUACUUUCUCAUUCGAUCGCGUGUUCAAUCCUUCCACUCAGAACGCCGAGGUCUUUGAUGAGAUUAGCCAGCUUGUCCAAAGCGCCCUUGAUGGCUAUAACGUCUGCAUAUUCUGUUAUGGACAGACCGGAAGUGGCAAGACACACACAAUGUCAUCGGUCGACGGCAUGAUCCCCCGCGCUGUUCACCAAAUUUACGAAACCGCGCAAGGGCUUGAAGAGAAGGGUUGGCGAUACACCAUGGCUGGUAACUUUGUCGAGGUCUACAACGAAAACCUCAAUGAUUUGCUGGGAAAUCCCGACGAGCUGGACAAGAAGAAGCAUGAGAUUCGCCAUGAUAUGCAGCGAGGCAAGACGACCAUAACCGACAUCACCACAGUGAAUCUGGACUCUCCACAGAUGGUUGAGACGAUUCUCAAGAAUGCUGACGCCAACCGUUCAGUGGCGGCAACCAAGGCCAACGAACGAUCCUCGCGUUCUCACUCUGUGUUCAUAUUGAAGCUCACCGGCGAGAACCACAUUACCGGUGAACGCAGCGAAGGCACACUCAACCUCGUCGAUCUGGCAGGAAGUGAACGUCUAAGCCACAGUGGAGCCACGGGAGAUCGUUUGAAGGAGACACAGAACAUUAACCGCAGUCUCAGCUCCUUGGGUGAUGUGAUCGCCGCUCUUGGUCAAGGGAAAGAAGGCGGCCAUAUCCCCUAUCGGAACAGCAAGCUGACCUACCUUCUUCAAUUCUCUCUUGGCGGGAACUCCAAAACGCUUAUGUUUGUGAUGGUCAGCCCCCUUCAGGCGCACAUGUCAGAGACCUUGACCAGCUUGAAGUUCGCCACCAAAGUCCAUAACACUCAUAUCGGAACCGCAAAGCGACAGGCACGCGUUCGCGACACUUGA